CCCCAAAUAAAUUGCAAGUUUCCUUCUCUGUUUUCCCGAUGCCCUGCAAACCUCAGUGACUGGCUCUUGGCUCAACUCACUGACUGGAAGAAAAGUCACUGUUCACUGAUUACAGAAGAUCAAAAUACAAAGUGACAGAUGGACUUCUCUCUGACCGGGCCCAGUGAGCUAUGCAAUAGACAUCAGCAGCAGCAGCCACAACUUCAGCCCAAUGUUCGCCCCAUCAUGGCCUGUUUUCCUGGGAGUGGGACUGACACUUCUCCCCUGCUCCAGGUCCAGAAGGUGGGCUCCAACAAGGCCCCUGGACUCCUGCCCACCAUUUACAGCCCCCUCAGUGGCAUGGAGAGCUCCAGCCUCUGCAUCCCUUCUUCCCACACAGGCAGCAGCCAUGAUUACAGCCCUGUAGCCUUCUCCAACCACUCUACGCUGGGCUACAGCAGACCAACCAUCUCCGACAGCACCUCUCUGUGUCCCCCACUCAGUCCCCACCUCUUCUGGCCCCCCAAUGACCACGGCCAGCACAACAUUCCCCCGCUGACCCAGCACUGUCCCCAACCCUUUCUGUACAGCAAUCCCAACAACCCCGCCCCCUUUGAAGAGCCUAAACCCCACAACCUCAACCUCACCCCUAGCAGCUCUCUCCUCCACACUACCAAGCUGCCGGGAAGAAAAUUCUGUGCCGUAUGUAAUGACUACGUUUUGGGUUACCAUUACAGCGUGCAGUCUUGUGAGGAAUGCAAGGCCUUCUUCAAGAGGAACAUCCAAGGGCACAAGGACUACGUUUGUCCAGAGACUAACCAGUGCACUAUCGACAAGAACCUCCGUAAAAUGUGCCGGUCCUGCCACCUAUGCAAGUGUUAUGAAGUGGGCAUGAAGAAGUGUGGGAUGAGGCCGGAGCACUACAGUUACAUGGGGGCGAGGCACAGGCGUGUGCCUCAGAGGUGGGGGGCACCAGGCGGGCUGGUGGGGGUCGGUGCCAGGGCCCAGUGGAAUCUGGAGGGGGGGUCCCUCCCCCUGUUGGAGGUGCACCACUCAUCCCUGACCCCUGAACAGCUGAUAUCCUGCAUCAUGGAUGCGGAGCCGCCAGAGGUCUACCUGAUGGAGGACCUAAAGAGGCCCUUCACUGAAGCCAGCAUGAUGAUGUCACUCACCAAACUGGCCAACAAGGAGCUGUUCCUCAUGAUCAGCUGGGCCAAAAAGAUCCCUGGCUUUGUAGAGCUGAGUCUGACGUACCAGAUACACCUGUUGGAGAGUUGCUGGUUGGACGUGCUGAUGCUUGGUCUGAUGUGGAGGUCUGUCGACCACCCUGGGAAACUCAUCUUCUCAGCAGACCUAAAGCUCAACAGGGAAGAGGGGAACUGUGUGGAGGGAAUCAUGAUUAUAUUUGACAUGCUACUGGCAGCCACCACUAGGUUUCGAGAGCUGAACCUCCAGAGAGAGGAGUAUGUCUGUCUGAAAGUCAUGAUCCUCCUCAACUCCAACAUAUGCUCUACCUCUCCGGAGAUGGCAGAGGAUCUGGAGAGCAAGGGGAAGCUGCAGCUUCUGUUGGACUCAGUGACAGAUGCCCUGGUGUGGGCCAUCUCCAAACAAGGCCUGUCCUUCCAGCUGCAGUCAACCCGCCUUUCCCACCUCCUCAUGUUGCUCUCAGACAUCUGCCACGCCAGUGGCAAAGGCAUAAACCACCUCUCCGGCAUGAAGAAUAACAAUAUUGUGCAGCUCUCCGACCUGCUCUUGGAAAUGCUCACCAACACAUGCCACAGAAGCCAUAUGUCCGCACCUCUUGACCCCUCUAAUCACGACCUCACCGUGCUCCCAGCAGCCCAAGCCCCUGCCCCUACCCAGGCUUCAGCCUCUGCUGUGGAACCCCAGUUCCAGCCACAUUCCCUAUAGCCACCAUCCCAAACACUUGAGAGCAGUAUAUCCACCCAGGCUGCUGGCCAGCUGAGGGUAGAUGUAUACCUCAGUGAGUGGGAAAGUGACAGAAUACAGCGUGGGACAGUGGGACAUGGGUGGAGACGUCCUGAGACUGUAAAGCACCCCACAGGGGUGACUGGACUGAAAGAGAGGCCAGACUAGCACUAGGACAAGUGAUGGAUCUGACCGAAAUCCACUCUCUGGGACAGUGGACAUCAUUCUCAAUAGACUGACAAAGAGAAACUCGUAGAAAGACUGCAGAAUGUGUCAUUGUGAAGUAAAUGUCAGUUUUAUCCUUUUCAGAUUUUUGGGAUCUAUGGAAAAAUAUGAUUUGUAACAGUGAAUUGACGUGUUUUUGCUUCAUGUAUUGUUUGUGAUUUCCUUAUAAUAAUGUAGUUGGUAAGUGUACUUAUGCAUCUUGAUCAUGCUCUGUCCCUCCUGUAAUGAUGUGGUGCUUGUGCUGUUUAUCUGAUGUUCAAUGUCAAAGCCAUGUUUGUAUUUAUAGAAAAUCCACAUCCAGAGAUUGUAAUUUCAAGACAUUUUAGACCCAAUUGAAUUUCAACCAAACAUCUUAUUAAAAGCAGUGGUAAAAUGUGAAUGUAGUUAUAUUAACAUGAGCACAGAUCAUAGAAAACAAUGUUUAUUGUUAAGUAAAAAUGACUUCAAACUAUUCAUCAUCCAUAAAUAAGCAUUAAAAAUACAUCU